AUGGUCCGUUUCUCCGAGAGUCGUUUCCAUUCAAUCACAAUGUCUUCACACGAUCUUCCAGCUUCUUUUACUGGGACAAUUGACCUUGGUAUCAUUGGCGGUACCGGACUUUACAAGCUAGAAUGCCUUAAACCCAUCGCGGUGUUACCUGCGAUGCCAACACCAUGGGGGACGACUUCGUCUCCGAUAACGGUUUCCAAAGUUGUUGGUGAUGCAGAUGAGCAUUUCCACGUUGCGUUCAUUGCAAGACAUGGUCUACAUCAUCAGUUUCCUCCCAGCAAAGUGCCCUUCAGAGCGAACGUCGCUGCAUUGAAACAUUUAAAAUGCAAAGCAGUUCUGUCGUUUAGUGCCGUCGGGUCAUUACAACAGCAUAUCAAGCCCAGAGAUUUUGUUUUACCACAGCAAAUCAUUGACAGAACCAAAGGUAUCAGAGAGUCGUCUUUUUUCAACGAUAUCGGUUUAGUCGGCCAUGUGGCCUUCGGUGAGCCCUUCUCGAAGGCCUUUGCCCAAUACAUCCAUCAGUUUGCGCAUGUGAUCGACAACCCGGAGGCUACCGACGCUUGCGAGUUGCACUUCGAUGCUGAUACCACCGUUGUUUGCAUGGAGGGGCCUCAAUUUUCCACUAGAGCCGAAUCCAAAAUGUACCGUCUUUUGGGGGGCGAUGUGAUCAACAUGAGCGUUUUGCCAGAGGCAAAACUAGCACGCGAGUGUGAAUUGCCCUACCAGAUGGUUUGUAUGUCCACUGACUACGACGCCUGGAGAGACGAAGCAGCGCCUGUUGACGUUGCGACUGUUGUCGGAAAUCUAACCAACAAUGGUCGUAACGCCAAUGCACUAGCUUCUGCAAUUAUCACCGAGAUGGCCAACAAAAUGCCUGACUUCAUGUUGAGCGGUGACGGAUUGAAGGGCUCGGCCAAAGGCGGAAUCACUACAAAACCCCAUGCACUCUCGACGACUCAUCUCGAGCAACUCAAAUUUUUGUUUCCUGAGUACUGGUGA